UUUCCGGUAAGCACACACCCACCGCUCUCAACUGUCUCCAUGUAGCUCAGGAAGUCUUUCCAGACUAGUCUACACUGUUGCCGAGCCUUUUAGGAGCAAGCAUCUAGUUGGGAUCAUGUCUAAGAAGGGAGGAAACCAAAGGCCGGAGAUGGAGGGUUCGGUGGAGGCGUCCAUCAUCCGCAUCCCCCCCCAUCACUACAUCCACGUGCUGGACCAGAACACCAACAUCGCCCGGGUGGAGAUCGGACCACUCACCUACAUCCGCCAGGACAACGAGAGGGUGCUGUUCAUGCCGGUGCGGAUGGUGAUGGUGCCGCCGCGUCACUACUGCGUGGUCCUCAACCCAGUCACCCGCGACGAUGACAAGCAGGUGCUCUUCGACCAAUCAGGGCAGGCCAAGCUUCGCCAUGCCGACCUGGAGAUCCGCCUCACCCAGGACCCCUUCCCCCUGUACCCAGGGGAGGAGGUGCAGCGUCAGAUACUUUACCCUAUAAGUCAACAAAUACAAUUGUUAUUAUGAUUUUUAGUAAAACACAAUUGGACCUACAUCCCCAGGAAGGAGGUGGCCGUGUUGGAGACCAUCAAGGCGACAGUGAUCCGGGAGAACCAGGCCAUCAGACUGAGGGCCCGCAAGGAGGGCGUAGACCGCGGGGGGGUCCGCAGGGUCACAGGUGAGGAGUGGCUGGUCAGUAAGGUGGGGGCGUACCUGCCAGGAGCUCAAGAGGAGGUCCUCGACAUCGUCAACGCUUUCAUCCUGACCGACAAGAAAGCGCUCCAUGUGCGCGCCCUGCGGCCAUUUAAGGACGCGGGGGGGCGGGACCGGCGCACGGGGGAGGAGUGGCUGGUGACCAUGGCCGACAGGGAGGCCCACAUCCCGUCCGUGGCGGAGGAGGUGGUGGGGGUGGUGUGUGUGACCACUCUGAGCAGCAGGCACUACUGCGUCAUCCUGGACCCCGUCGGCCAUGACGGGAAACCCCAGCUGGGGCAGAAGAGAGUGGUGAAGGGUGAGCGCUCAUUCUUCCUGCAGCCGGGCGAGCAACUUGAAAAGGGCAUCCAGGACGUGUACGUGCUGUCGGAGGAGGAGGGGCUGGUGCUGAGAGCGGUGGAGGCGUUCAAUGACACCCUGGAGCGCGAUGAAGAAGAGGAGGAGGAGGAGGAGGAUGAGGAGCAGCAGGAAGAGAGGGCGAAGCGCUCGCGGAGGAGCGCCAUGCUCCGCCGCCCCGGGGACCGCUGGAUGCUGCGGGGCCCCAUUGAGUACGUCCCCCCCGCCACGGUGGAGGUGAUGGUGAGACGACAGGCCAUCCCAUUGGACGAGAACGAGGGCAUCUACGUCCGGGACAUCAAGACCGGAAAGGUGCGUGCAGUGAUUGGUCGGACCUAGCUGACUCAGGAUGAGGAUUGGCAGAAGGAGCUUCCUGCCAACGUGGAGGCCCUUGCUGGCAUCUCCCUGGACCCGGUGGCCGACCGCUCGGACCGCAGCAAGCGGAGUUCACGCCGGCCCCGGGGGAUGACAGGACCCGGUGGUCUUCAGGGUGCCCACAACGCCGCCGUUGCAGGUCUACGACAUACAGGGAGAAGAAGGCCAGUUCCAAGUGCCAUCUGA